AUGCUUAAUGUAAAACAACUUUAUCAAACAAUCGAGUCAAUGAUUUCAGUCAAUAUUGAACAAGUUACAAUUUGUACCCAACAAGGAAAAGUAUUAACAUAUGCUGGAAGUGAUGAAGUACAUGCUGAAGUUAUUGCCUCUAUGUUUAGUCAACAAUUUAAUAAUGAAUCUUCAGUAAGAGAAAUUAUACUUCAUUAUGAAAAUGGACCAAUUUAUGUUACCCCAUUAUCACCAUCAGUUUUUCUUGUAAUUAUAGGUUCAAGAAUUGCACAUUUAGGAUUAAUAGUUCAAAAAGCAAAAUUAGUGAAAGAAAUUAUUGGAGAUUCAUUAGAGCAAUUUGUUAAAGAAGGAGAAGAAAAUUUUAAGACAGGUAUUCAUCCAUUCAUGACACAAAAUCAAUUUUCUAUACAAACACUCUUAUUUGGUAUUGUUGUUUUUCCUAUUAAAGUUAUAAUGGUAAUAGACGCAUUAGUAUUUUUAUAUAUUUCAGAAAUGUUACCAAUGAAUUCAAUAAUUCAAUUUAUCCAAAAUUGUUUAUUGAGAAUUAUAUUAUUUGUUUGUGGGAUUUAUUCUAUUCAAAUUACAGACAAAUCAACAAAUAAACGUGUAAUUGUUAGUAAUCAUCAGUCAUUUCUUGACAUUGUUAUUUAUCGUUAUUUACUUAAUGCAGUCUUUGUUUAUCCAACUGAACAAAACAUUGAGUCAGAAGAUGUUUAUGAACUAAAUUUAUUCCAAGCUAUACGACGUAGUAUUUUUAAUACUCCAUUAACCUUAUUCAAAAAAACAAAAUUAGAGUUGGUCAAAUCAAAUCAUAUUAUUUAUUUUGUUGAAGGAACAACAGAAAAUGGAACAAUUGUUUUAAAGUCUCAAUUAUUACCUAUUCAAAAUAUAAACCCAUUAACAUUAUCUGGAUUGAAAUAUAUUUCUUCUUUUAAUACUUUUUAUAGUCAAGCAACACCAUUCAUUAAGUAUGUCUUUGGAAUUCUUUCUCAAAUGCAUUGUAAAGUUCAUUUAACUCUAGAAACUUACACUGAAAUAAAUGAAGAAAUAAUUAGUCAUUUCUUUAGAAAUACUUUAAAAGUUGCAACUUCAUCAUUUAGUUCCUAUGAUAAAUCAGAGUUUGUGAAACUGGCAUCAAAAUAA